UGCCCCCCCCCCGUGCACCGGGGCGGAGGAGGCUAGCAGCUCCCCAGGGAGACUUGGGGCAUUGUUUCCUUCCCCCCCCAUGCCCGGGCUGGGUGGGCGGUGCUGGCGGGGGGGGAGGCAGCGCCUUGCCUCGGUCGAUUGCUGCCCCCUGAGCCGGCGCGGGGGGCUAUGAAGCACCAUGGUGUGGUGUGACCGGGGGGUCCAGAUGCUGCUGACCACGGUGGGCGCGUUCGCCGCCUUCAGCCUCAUGGCCAUCGCCAUCGGCACCGACUACUGGCUCUACUCCAGCGCCCACAUCUGCAACGGGACCAACCUCAGCAUGGAGGAGACGCAGAGCCAGCCCCGCAAGGCGAAGGGGGACCUCACUCACUCCGGGCUCUGGCGGAUCUGCUGCCUGGAAGGAAUCUACAAAGGACAUUGCUUCCGAAUCAACCAUUUCCCUGAGGACAAUGACUAUGACCAUGACAGCUCGGAAUACCUUCUCCGUAUUGUCCGCGCCUCCAGUGUAUUCCCCAUCCUCAGCACAAUAUUGCUAUUACUGGGAGGACUCUGUGUCGGAGCAGGAAGGAUUUACAACAGCAAAAACAACAUUAUCCUCAGUGCUGGAUUCUUUUCUGCCUUCCCACCCAUAAAGACUAAUUUUUUGUUUCUUUUUCCAGGACUAAGUAAUAUCAUAGGCAUCAUUGUCUAUAUAUCCAGCAAUGCAGGUGACCCAAGUGAUAAGAGAGAUGAGGACAAAAAGAACCAUUACAACUACGGCUGGUCUUUUUACUUUGGAGCUUUGUCUUUUAUUGUGGCUGAAACCAUAGGAGUACUGGCAGUGAACAUUUACAUUGAGAAAAACAAAGAGUUGAGAUUUAAAACCAAGAGGGAAUUCCUUAAGACUUCUUCCUCUUCCCCUUAUGCCAGGAUGCCAAGCUAUAGGUACAGGAGAAGGAGAUCCAGAUCAAGCUCCCAAUCUACAGAGCCUUCUCCGUCUAGGGAUGUUUCUCCAGUUGGUAUGAAGAUUGCCAGUUCCAUCCCUAUGAAUGAAAUUUCUAUGUACACUCUGUCCAGAGAGCCCUUGAAGGUUACAAGUGCAGCCAGUUACAAUGCGGACCAAGAAGCCAGCUUUCUGCAGGUCCACAACUUUCUUCAGAAGGAAUUUAAAGAAGGACUCCACAUCAGUAUGGUUAACAGGAGAACGACGCCUGUCUGAAGUGUUUGCUUUCUCUUUCUCUCUUUUUUACUUUAAACAGAAUGGAGCCUUCAAAAAAAGAGAAGGGACAAUUUAAAAUCCUUCUCAAAACAGGACUUGUGCUGGGAUAGCAAAUGGAGACCCUGGAAUACUGGAAUGGUCUAAAGAUAUUUUUGGAGUUUGUUUCAUUAAAGUUCCCGGUGUCACAAGAAAGUGAAAGCAGCUCACGUCCCUGCAGUUUUGUAAUGUAUACAAAGUGUCGGAGAAACUGGAAAAGAGCUAGCUACCAGGGCGUUUUAAAGAAUUACAGAAGAAUUGCAGUGUGAUUUUUUUAAAUAAAGUCCCUUAAAAUAAUUAUAAUUCAUGGCCAAGUCCAAAGAGUAUCACAAAUGGAGCCUAAUGCAACUCUUCAAAACUACAAUCCAGUUUCCUUUCACACAGGGAAGAGGGAGCAGAGGUCUGUCUCAGAAGCAACUGCCUCCUCAAGAAAAUAAAACCUAGAAGGCAAAACUAUUUGCAGCCAGCUUGUGCUACUGAACUGUAGCACGCCAACGUACUGCGUGUUGCAGCAUCCUACAGUGGGCAAGCAACAGUGGUCAGUACUGCCUCCACUGUUAGAUCCUUGUGCAAUAGAACCAAGGAGCUGAUGAAGCCAAUGCAGAUGAAGCAGUGAGCAUAGGGUGGAUGCAUCCUAAAAUAAUGAAAUGGUGCGGCAUUAAAGCGCAAGCUGCUCAAACGUAUUUGCAAAUAUCAUUUCUAAACCUAAAGUUUAGGACACUUGAAUCGUCUCAUUGCUAAUAGACCGAGUGCCUGAUCCUGCCAGGUGCUGAGUGCUUCCUGCGUGUACAGGGUGCACCCUACCUCUCAGGAUCAGUCUCCUGUACACUACAUGUUGCAGGAACAGGAAACAGAGCUGGGCCUGCGGGAACCAAUACCUGUGAAAUUGAAGAUUCCACAAGGGUUGCACAUGACUUUUUUUCUUGAUGCUUCACAAGUGCAACACUAAUGCUAGUGCAAGUUAAGGUAUCUAGGCUAUGUGUGUAAGAAAAGGGAAAGCUAAUCCACUGAUCCAAUAUACUAUUCGAAGUGGUGAACAUUUCUGCAAAAUGCAGACUUAUAGGUCAUGUAAUGACAAUUUUAAAAAAUAGAACAAAAAUAAUUGCAGUUUACUAGAUAUUUAUUAAACUUUUUAUUAUGAAGAAGCACCCCGGGGUGUAAGUUGCAGUUGUUUUUAUGCCAAAACUGUGGUUCGAAGUAACGUAAUUUAUUCUGGAAUGAUGGAAUUUACUAAGUGCAGAGAGGCCCACAGGACCCUGUAUGUAACUUAUGGUGGGGAAAAACGUGGAUUUGUGGGUUUUGGUUUGUUAUUUGCUUUUUUAUGAUUUUUCUAAAAGGGCUGAAAUAUUUCUCUUUUAAAUUCCUAUUUCAUUUUUACAUUAGACAUUGUGAUGCUCUCCUCAGGGAAGGUGAGUAUACUCUCUAAGCCAACAGGCUGGAGUGUAUUCUGCCUCUUUACAGCCAGUGGAUUUGGUAAUUUCUAUCAAUGUCCAGAGAGAGGCACUGGACACUGCAAAGCCACAUUCCUGUGAAGCUGGAGUUCACUGAACGUUACCUGCAAGGCAAGAUUUAAACUAGCACAAUUUCAAGGCGUUUCCUGGUCAGGCAGACAGACUAGAGUGACAGGGAGCUCUCACACAGUUUAAGCUCCAGCAAAGCUCUCUCUCACUAAGGCAGAGAGGCAACAUCGUGGCUUAUGGUUCUGAGGACCCUGAGGAGAGCAUCAAAGACUUGUAGGCUGGGAUUUUCAAAAGACUCUAAGGGACUUAGAAGUCUCUUAAGUCCUUCCACUGAUUUCAAUGGGUUUUUGGCCAGGCCUCAUGGAAGCUAAGGAUCCAGCUCCUUUGAAGAGACCAGUCCUAAGUCUGGUCUACUCUACAGACUUAUAUCGGCAUAACUAUGUGAAAAAUCCACACCCCACAGCGACAUAGUUAUACUGACCUAACUCCCCGUGUAGACAGCGUUAUAUUGGCAGGAAAGCGUCUCACACCGAGUUCUCUCCUGUUGGCAUACAGCAUCUUCAUUAAAGCACUGCAUCAGCGCAGCUGCAUCAAUGCAAGCGUUUUAAGCGUAGAGUUGCCCCUAGGUCUUGUCUGCCCUGAAACCUCGAUGGUGAAUGGUGGACUAGUGAAACAACAUCAAAUGAGCCAAAACUGUACAAGUUAAACAACUGAGGGUUGGAGUCCUCAGGCAGACUGUUUAAAAUGCUUUGUUUGUGAACCCCUACUUACCGUCAAUGAUUAAGUGAUAUUUUACGUUAAGGAUGUCUUCGUUAAAGGUUGAAUAUCCCUUAAUCUUUCAAUUAGGGCACAAGAGUUCCCUGUAAACUUGAGCUGAGUCCUGCAAAAAUCCAGGAGGAGCUGCCUUGGCUUCCAAAUGACAAGAAUAAAAAAUAAAAAACCAACAAAAAAAACCAACAAACAGCUCAGGCCUUCUCACACCAUCAUAAAAAGGGAAAAUCAGGUACAAUCCCAAUUUUUAAAGAAUCCUCUCCUUGUCCUCUUUAAAUCCCAUUUAGGCCUCAAUCGAGCAUUUAAAGACAUGCUUAAUUUUGCAAGUAAUCCAAUUUAAGCGGAUUGAUGCAUUAAUUCCUCUUUAAGAGUUUAUGUGGCUCUAAAACUCGGCUAGGAUCCUUGUUUAAGUCCUCUGUACCGGGGUGAAUUUCACUCUGAGAGCUGAAUAGAAUGGAAUGUAGGGAAUUCUAAGCAUAUACACAGCUGUGCUUUAUUCUAUGACAAGGCAUUAAGGGGAAAGAUAUUAAUACCUUUUAUAAUUUUUCAAAUGCUGAUUUGAACAGGAGGGAAAAUUCUUAUCUACUUUCCAAUACGGAACUUUUUGAGGAAGAGGGAUGGAUGGAAGUAGGUGGAAUUAUUAAACAUCUCGAAGAGAAUUUUUUACAUAAAUCUUUAUAGCUUUCAAACAAUAAAUUUCCUACCUUUUUGAGAUUUCUUAAUAAUUAAAAUCAUUUUAUUAGCUAUGACAGAGGUAGAAAAUCACAUUAAAGAAAAGCAUUCUGUCUCAAUGUGUCAUACUAAGUGCUUAUUAAUUUACACCUAUUAUAGUCCAUGUAUUUUCAAGUACAAUUCCCCAGAAUUGUUUCCAAUUGUGUUAAUAAAGUAACAGUUAGAAAUUAGUCCUCAUUUGUAUUUGCUGUAGUUUAAAAAAGUCAUUCCCUUUCAAAUCAAGAGUUAGAUGUAUGUUGUCUGGUGGGCCGCGUGCCAAAGGUUGCCGAUCCCUGUUCUAAACUCAUGGCCAUUGAAAAGAAAGCUGACAGUGUGAAGGUAAAAAGAAAAGGAGUACUUGUGGCACCUUAGAGACUAACAAAUUUAUUAGAUCAUAAGCUUUCGUGAGCUACAGCUCACUUCAUCGGAUGCAUUUGGUGGAAAAAACAG